GUGGAUUGUAUGGAGAGCGUUUUAUAGGGCGGAAAAGUGCAGGAGGUCACUUAUAGAAUGCAUCUCCCUCCAUGACUGGAGUGCGGACCCUGUUCCCUCGGCGAGAUAUCAGAAGAAAACUGACGAGAAUCUAUUAUCAGUCCGCUCUGUAUGUGACCUUGCUCAUCCGCCGGAUCCGCGGUGUCGAGUUGUUCCAUAUGAUACUCAAUGCUAUUGAGCGACAGCUGGAGGGGGAUACAUCGUACACCUGUUGAUUCCUUCAGUGCUCGUACCUACAGUCAGGGUCCCGGCGUGGGUUCAUCAGGUUGUAUAUCCGGAUGCACUUGAAUUGCGAAAGGGAGGUCGCCGUG